AUGACUGUUGUUCCGUUUCAUGUUUCUUGGUUAUCAAAACCUCAAGAUGAAUUCGAUAUCGAAAUUGAUAAUUCUAACACUCCUUUCACUCAUCCAUGGCUGCCUAAAUGUGGAUCACAACCCGUACACCCGGCUACGCGUUACAAUCCCUUAGACUUCGCUUUCCUCCCUCCCUUACCGUCACACCUUACUAAGCCUAAGUCGAUCGAAUCAACCCUUUUUAAACUAGUCGAGAAUGUAGCCGAUUUAGAUUACUUGGCUACCAAGUUAUCCGAAGUGGAAGAGUUUGCGGUGGAUUUAGAUCACAAUUCGUACCAUUCGUUCCAAGGUAUUACUUGUCUUAUGCAAAUUUCAACUCGUUACGAGGAUUUUGUGGUUGAUACUCUUAAGUUAUGGGAUAGUAUUGGAGAUUACCUAAGAGAUGUUUUUCAAGAUCCGUCUAAGAGAAAAAUAAUGCACGGUGCAAGUAACGUCAUUAAGUGGCUUCAAAGGGAUUUUGAUAUUUAUGUGUGCAAUUUAUUUGAUACGAUGCAAGCAUGUAGGGUAAUGGGGUUAAAAAGAAACUCUCUUGAAUUUCUUCUAAAGCAUUAUUGUGGUGUUACGGCUAACAAGGAAUAUCAAACAUCGGAUUGGAGAAUUCGGCCUCUUCCUCGUGACAUGAUCAAGUACGCAAGAGAAGACACACAUUAUUUACUUUACAUUCAUAAUGUUAUGAAAUCUACCAUCUUGUCUAAUUACGGUCAAGAUUCAUUGGCCAAAGUUUGUAAGUUAAGCCAUGAGGUUAGUUCUCGAUUGUACGAGAAAGAAGGGUUCGAUAAGGACGUGUCGUACUUGUAUUUGUAUGGACUAAUGGAAGCUAAUUUGGAUGGUAAACAACUUGCGGUCGUAUGUGCUUUGGUUGAAGGGCGUGAUGAUGUUGCAAGAGAAGAAGAUGAGAGUACUGGCUAUGUUUUGCCUAAUAAAGUAAUUUUAGAAAUUGCUAAGAAAUUGCCUAAAAAUAAAGAAGAUUUGAUGUGGAUUGUGAAAUACAAGCAUGAUUUCAUGGAUUUAGAUUAUAUUGUCAAGCUGAUUAAAGUUGCCGUUGAUAUUGAAGCUCGCACGACUAAGUUCGAGGAUUUGUCUCUACAAUUAAAACAUAAAAUACCCGUCAGAGAUAUUGCAAGAAUAGUUCAAUUACCGGGAAGAUAUGAGAGCCCGGAAAGAUUUGUUAUGUAUUCCAUUCCUAGGUGUUUGCCGAUUGUUGUUAACCCGAUUUAUGAUUGUGUUACUAGCCUUGUUCCAAUUUAUAUGUAA